AUGGACAAACUUCCAGAGGAGUGCUGCUGCAUGAUCAGCUCCUAUCUCACCAAGCAGGAUCGUUCGAAUCUUAAAUUGGCCUGCAAAACGUUCUAUGAGUGUUUCUCUCCAGGCGACUGGAGACAAGUUACGUUUUCUUGCGGUGUGGACGAGCUCAAUCAUACCUUGGAAUUAUUUCUGGACAAGAAGUAUGAAAUAAAGCACACGUUCAUCAAGAAGAUUUCUGUUUGCCUAAAAGGACGUCUUUGGCCUCCUAAGCCACCAGCUGCCGGCCUCGUUAAGCGACUUGUUAGCAGUCUCUCCAAGAUGGUCAACGCCGAGCAAAUUAAGCUAUGUAUCCAGGACUACAAAGCUCAAUUUAUCAACGGUGCUGAAUUCUCUCGUCUUUUGGCCGUGACCAGCCGAUGGGAUAAUGUCACGACGCUCUACCUGGAGUGUUCCGCACACAUGGCUGUUGCAGCUCUCAACCAUUGCAAUCCCGACGUCCUGAAGAAUGUGUCACUCAAUACCUGGUGCGGGCGUCAUCAAUACAAAAGCAUAAAGUACUUAGAGCUCCAGUCUAUGUACUCAACCCAGCCGUGUUCACUCGAGACGCUCUCCAUAUUCUUCGACCCCGGUUGGGCCUACUACGCCAUCAACGAAGGAUUCGGGGUUCAAGUACAGGGAAUCCAGCAGGUCACGGAAGAUUUCCCUGGUCUCAAGUGUCUGUACAUUCUUGGGCCUGUUAAGGUGCCUUAUGGUCAUUCACCAUCUGACGCCUCGCACUACCGGGAACUCGAACUUGGUUUUGAGUGGCUCUAUGAAGUGUUGAACAGUUCCAGCAUUGAGCAUUUUGCCAUCGAGAUCAAUUUAGAACGGCUUGACGACGAGUUCAAAGCUCUCGCUGUGGCUAUAGGCUUGCAUGGAAAACCGCCUGCCGAAUGUGAGGACUUUUUUGACGACGAUGGCUAUCUCGAAGAGUCCCAUCAAAUCGAUAAUGUCGAUCUCAUUCAGUGGUAUAGCAACCUCACCGACCGUAUCCUCGAAGCAUGCCCAAACUUACAGACAGUGAGGGUAUGCUACAAGUCCAAAUGCUAUGGCCAUAAGCCCGAACCUGAAGCUUAUACCUAUGGUCAUCGCCUUGAUAAUGGAAGGACGUUUACCGAGUUAUGUAAGGGGGAUUGGGACCAUGCAUUUCAGAGACGUCCGGAUCUUACUUCCGACUCUUGA